AUGGCUUUAGUGAGUUCUGAAGGUUCUGCUCAUGAUUCGGUCGUCACUGAUGCUGCUGCCAUGCUGUCAAUGAUGGGCUCUGAAUAUCAGAAGUCUAAGGAUUCAGGUCCAUCUGGACCUCGCGCCCUUUGGCCAGUGGACCUCAAGUUAACUCACCUGGACUGGAACCCUGAAGCUACCCUGAUACACUUCCAGGCACAGUACCUGUCCAUAUGUGAACUUGACUACAACAUCUUACAGGGAGAAAUACAGAACAUACCAAAGACUAAAACUGCAGUGAAUAUAGGAGAGUUUUGCCUCGUAGAAGAUUUGACUUCAGCCCGCUGGUACAGAGGAAGAGUUCAGAACCGAAAAGAGGACUUGUUCGAUGUGUUCCUCAUAGAUCACGGCAAUGUCCUGAGCGUUGACAUUGACCGCGUAUCUUCCUGUUCAAACGAUCUGUUCAUUCUGCCUCCCAAGAUAGUUUGCGGAUUUCUUGCAAAUGUGCUGAUGCUUCACGGCUUUUCCUCUUCUGUAGUGGAUGAUUACCUCUCAUGCCUGAUUGGAAAGAAUGUCACAGGUUACAUCCAAGCCCUCCUGCCCCACAAAGUCCUGCUAUUGGAAGCCCCUGACAUCAACGAAAACCUUGUCAGACAUGGUUUUGGGAGGCACGUGGACACAGACACUUUCCUCCUCUUGGCUGAGAUGCUCACGGAAGUGCCACUCAAACAAAAUAUAGAUCCGGUUCCUGACUUACUCAUUGAAAAGCAAAGGGGACAAGAAUAUUGUUUCAAAUCUGGAUUGCAGGGAUAUGAAGAAAUUCUGUCUUUUUGUGGACCCAAAUUGAGUUGUGGGACACGUGCUAAAGUGCGAGUAACUGCUGCUGUUAACCCUGGCCUGCUUUACUGCCAGAUGGUUAGUAUGGAAACAGAUCUUAGGGAAAUGUCAAAGAAGCUGGCUGACGUUUUUGAGUACAGAACCAAAGAUCACCAUUACAAGACUCCAGAAAACCUUGGUCUUCUCUGCUCAGUUAAAGGCAAAGAUGGGAACUGGUACAGAGGCUUUGUGCAGUUUCUCCCAGUAAACUCUCAAGUGCGAGUGUUGUUCAUUGAUUACGGAUUCAUCGAAUCUGUAAAAGUUGAGAACGUCCACAGGUUGCCACCUGAUUUCUAUACAGCCCCGAUCAUGGCAUUCCCCUGCUCACUCUCCGCCCUGAAUGUUCAGGAUGAGGCCGUCAAAACUCAGCAGUUGAGUUUCCUCAAGGCAGGCUUGCUCGGAGAAGUAUUGGAUGUGGAGAUAAGUCAUUUUGAGGAAAAGCAGCAUCUGUACUCUAUCACGGUAUUCAGUGCUCAAGAUAAUCAUGUGAAGGAACCAGAGUCUGUGCAGGAGCUUCCCAGAAAGAAGGUGCAGUCCGAUUUUGAGACAGAAGAAGUGUCAGCUCAGGGUGGUUAUUUAUUCUGUGACACAAUCAUUGGUGAAGCAUUAGAUAAAACCCUGGAAGAAGAAGAGGUGCAGGAGGGCUCAGUGUUUGUGGGCUACGUUGAGCAUAUCCAAAAUCCUAACCACUUCUGGAUCAGAACACAAAAACGCAAUAAUGAGUUUGAAGAAAUGAUGACACAAUUGGCAGAUCACUUUAGUGACGUGAAGCUGGAUGAAGACACACUGGUGAAUCCUGAUCUUGGAACAAUGUGCUGUGCAGUGUAUGAGGAAGACAUGCAUUUCUACAGGGGUGUAGUGAUUGACACACUGGAGCAUGGAGCUGAAGUCCUUUUUGUUGAUUUCGGAAACAUUGAGAAAGUGCCACAUAUGUUGAUCAAGAAAAUACCUGAGACAUUUUCCAGCAAAUCAGCGUUUGCCAUCUGCUGUUCUCUAGCAAAUGUUGUUCCUUUGGAUGAAGUCUGGACCAGCACCGCCACUGACUUUUUCAGACGAGCCGUGUCAAACAAAGCCAUGCUACUCCAUGUUGUCCAGAUGAGAAAAAACAAAUGUGUUGUUGAUCUCUUUGAAAUGGGAAGUGACAACAGUCCGACUAUCAGUGAAUUGUUGAUAUCUUCAAAACAAGCUGAAUACUGGAACAGCAUCCGUAUAGGGGCUAUGGUGCAAAAUAAAACUGAGGUGACAGAAAAAACAACAAGAUCCUUAAGGUAUUGUGUAACCCCAGACAUCAGUGAGAAUACAGAAUGGGAUGAUUUGGGGCAGAAUGAGAACACAGGCCAAAAUGAAAUCAAGAAGGUUCAAGUAGCUACCAGCUUCAAAGCUUUAAGCAUCAAGCCAGGUUGUGAGUUCGCUGUGUGUUGCUCCUUCAUUAUCUCCCCAUCAGAGUUUUGGUGCCGGCCUCUAGAGAAGGUUCUGGCUUUGGAGGAACUGAUGAGCAAAAUUCAGCAGUAUUACAAGACUCACACAGUCCCCCUCCAGUCUGGGGAUUCAUGUUGUGUUGCCAACUCACCCCUGGAUGGAAUAUGGUACAGAGCCUUCAUCACAGAUAGACAGAAAUACCAAGUCAGAGUGAUAUUGGUUGACUAUGGGAUUACCAUCCAGCUCAAGGAGCAUAAUCUUCAGACCAUAAUGCCAGAAUUUGUUGAUCUGGAAGGACAAGCUUUCAGGUGCAGCCUUUACAACCUCAUUGAACCUGUUGAAACCAAGAGCUGUGGCGGGUGGAAUCCAGAGGUGUGCAACUCUCUCAAAGCAUUUUCCAAUAGCCCUGGCCAUCUAAGAUGUAAAGUUGUCUCUCAGUUGAGUGUGAAAAACAAAGAACUGUACAAUGUCGUGGACCUCUACAACACCCAAACUCAGCAGAGCAUAACAAAAGUGCUUGUGAAACAGGGCCUGGCAAGAGAAGCAACACUCUCAACAAAGCAACUGUCAACAGUGUCUCCUGAGUCUUUUGUCUACUCUUCAUUCGACCUAGACAUCAAAAGCCAAGAAAAAACCUAUGUCACUCAUGUAAGCAACCACUGCGAAGUCUACUGCCACCUUGAGAGAAACACUGAGCUAAUCGAAGAGCUUGAAGAGAAAAUCUUAGAGGAGAGUGAGAAAAUGAAGCAAGCCAGUAGGAGAGCUGUAGUAAGGAAGCUGUGCCUAGCAAAAUACUUGGAUGGGAUAUGGUACAGGGGCUUGGCACAUCCUGUUGAGUCACCCCUGCAUCUCAGUGUAUUCUUUGUGGAUUAUGGGAACACAAUCAUAUCUGAGAAAACCCAUGUCAUGUUUAUCCGCAGAGACUCUGCUGAUUUAUUGUACACACCCGUGCAAGCUGUGAAAUUUAACCUGUCUUCAGUGUCCAAGGAAGAGCACUAUGCAGAUGUCAAGGAAUGGCUUGAUGGAGCCAUACUCAACAAGCAAGUGAGAGCUGUCAUUGUUGGAAAGAGUGACGAUGGGUCAUUUGAUGUUGAACUGUAUGAUGGAGAGGUUAACAUCAAUGAGAAGGUAAAGGAGCUCAUUGUCAGUUGUUCACCCAAACCACAGACGUUUGUGAGUUUAAAUGCAAGCAGUACAAAGACAAAAUCUCAGAACUCAAAAGUGAAAAAUCAAACGGAGCUCCAUGAUACAAACACUAAAAAUACAGAGAGCUGUAUCCCUCAUAAACACACUCCAGUAAAACAACAAAGGGAGCACCAUGAUGCAAAGACAGAACAGCCUGAACACACUGAGGAAACUGAGAUUCCUCAGCUCUCAUAUUUGCCCGACAUAAAAGUGAGCAUGGGCUUUAGGGCAAAGUGUUUUGUCUCCCACAUUGACUCAGUAGACAGAUUUUUCCUUCAGCUUUCAGAGGAUGAACCUGCCAUCUUGAAAAUGGGUGAAGAUCUCAGCUCAGGUGUCUCCAGAGAGUCCUUGAAGACUACCCCAUCUUUGAGAAUCAAUGACCUUGUUCUGGCUGAGUAUGAGGAGGACGGUGCUCUGUAUCGUUCAGUCGUGAAGGACCAUGAAGGGACCUGUUACACAGUUGAGUUUGUGGACUAUGGAAACUCAGCAGUCAUUGAUAAGGAGAAGAUCUACUCAAUACCACAGGAGUAUCUCUCUCAGCCAAGAUUAAGUAUAUCAUGUUCCCUGCUGGACACAAGCACUUACAAAAAUGACACGUCUUUCAUUGAUGCUGUAAUGGAGAAGCCUCUCAUGGUUGACUUUGUCCGUCAAUGUGGAACUCAUUGGCAAGUCAAGGUUGAGGUUCUUGGUGAAGCAGUUGGUCUUCCAACAGCACUUGAAGCAGCCGUUGAAACUAGUGCUGCAACUAAAAAGGGAGAAGAAGCUUCUUCAAGUUCAUCUGAAAUAGAUGAGAAAGUGAGAUCCUGUGAACAGACCUCCCUCAAAGUUAGAGAGGAGGAAACAAGAAGUGAAUCUGAAGCUAGGACUGUUGAAGGUGAAAAACUCUCACUCAAACCACCACCUGUCUCACUGUCAACCAAACUGAAGGUAAAAUCCUGCAGGGGCUAUAACAAAAAAAACACCAGAAAUAAGAGUUAUUCUAAGAAGAUUCAAAGGAAAACUUCAAACUCACCUUUCAAAGUGAAGAAUGAUUGUGCAGAAAAAGUCAUAACUUCAAUUGUUCAAGCUAAAGACACAGAGAAUGGUGUUGUUCUGUCAGUCCUGAGUAAUGGACGUUUUUAUGUAAGGCUAAAUAAGACCAGUGACAAACUUGCUGCAUUGGAAAGUCGCAUCGCUGUAAACCUACACAGGUGUGACAUUGUGGCUGAAGAGGAUAUGAAACAAGGCCUCAAGUGCUUAGUUCAGGUAGACAAAGACAGCCAGUGGAAGAGGGCUGUUGUUCAGCAUGUAGGUCAGGACAAAUGCCAGGUCCUCCUGGUGGAUCAUGGACUAACAGAAGAAAUUCCAACUGGCGCCAUCCGACGACAGUGCAGUGACAUGACAAAAAUCCCGAACCUUGCUGUGUUGUGCAAGAUGAACUGCCUUGGGUUCAGUCAGGGAGGAGAUGCCAACAAAUGGGAGAUUCUCAAACCAAUGAUAGACCAAGAAGUCAAGCUGGUGUUUGUGCAUUACUCAGAAGUCGAUAAACUUUGGAUGGUUGAAAUAGUCAUUAAUGGACUGUUCUUAAAUAAUCAUAUCACAUCAAUCACAUCUCUAGCAGAAACCCAAAAUAUGGCAGCAGAAGAACUUACCCUGGUCACAAGCCCUCGUCAGCUCACCUUUGCUCCUAUCCAUAUAGACAAAGCAUAUUCUGGCAUUGCUGCUGCAGUUGCUACACCUUUCGAGUUCUGCGUUGUUCUGGAAGACUUGCUUCUGGUCAUGAACAAAGUGUCCGUCAUGUUGGGUGACCUCCCUGGGAAGAUGCCCCCUCUCCCUGAAGCCCACCUCAUCCCUGGCGCCUGCUGCAUGUUGAAAUCAGACACCAAGAACAAAUGGUGCAGGGCUGAAAUAAUACAUGCUGACACCACAAUAGUCUUAAACCUGGCAGAUUAUGGCCAUUGCGAAUGUGUGCCAUACGAUGAUAUCUCCAAGCUGAAGAAGCUUCCAGAUGAGCUGAUAAAACUCCCGAAAAUGACGUACCCCUGCAUCCUGAGAGGGGUGAAGCCAGUUGGAUUGGACGGAGAGUGGACCGAUGAGGCAGCGGUCUUCUUUCAGCAGUGUUUGUACCAGAGGAACCUUCAGAUCUUCUUCAGAGAGUUUGUAUCUAACACGAACUGGAAGGUGGACGUUCUGGCAAAUGGUAUCCAUGUGGCCAAGGAGCUGGUGGAUGCUGGACACGCUGGUUACGUUGACGUCAUGCUAGGACUAAGGUUCCAGGAGCAGAGCCUCAGUAAAGCCUGUCCUCCAGCACCUGACAGUGAGGAAGAGUGUGGACCUGACGAUGAAGGCUUGGACAGGAAUUCAGAUCUUUCUUCUGACGUCGAUGAUGAAGCUGAAGGAAAGAUGGCACCUGACAUUGAGUCCGGAUCGAGUCAAUGUCUCUUGAUGUGA